CUCGCGCAUCGAAUCCGAUUCCAAUUUCGAGUCCUGAAUCCGAAUCAGAGUCAGGAAUCCUCUGACACAGCAGCCGCAUUUUAAUUUUUUCCUCGGUUUGUGAGCUGCAAAAUCAUUAACGUUAAAUAGAAAUGGAUCCCUCGAAUAUGACUUUUGGUUUUCCCGGCCUUCCCAAUCAUGGACACAUGCCGAUACCACCCACUGCCAACAUGCUGGGUGGUCAUCCAGCACCCACCGCCAGUCCACCGCAGAGUGUACCCGGUCGUCGCACUCCACUGGGAUCGGUAGGUCUGGGUGGCUUCUAUGCCCAGGGAAUGGGAGGAAUGUCCAUGUCCCAGCCGCCCACGGAUGAGAACAAACCAGGAGGUAGUGGACAGGAGAAGCCGCUGAGUCCCACUGCCGCAGCCAUUGCGGCUAUAAGUGGUGGCACCACCACCGUGGCCGUGUCCAGUGGGACGAGUUCCGGCCCCGGUGGAAGUGGAUCGAAUGGUGGCAAGCAAAAGAAUCGUCAAGGGAAAACAGUGAGGUUGAACAUUAAUGCCAGGGAGCGGCGAAGGAUGCACGAUCUGAACGAUGCCCUCGAUGAGCUGCGAAGUGUGAUUCCCUAUGCCCACUCACCAUCGGUGAGGAAACUGUCCAAGAUAGCCACCUUGCUGCUGGCCAAGAACUACAUACUUAUGCAGCAGAAUGCCCUCGAAGAGUUGAGAAGACUUCUGGCUUAUAUACAAAGCACAACGGGAGCCGCUCCCUUGGACUUGGGCGCCUUCCCAGCGGCUGCCAAAUUGCAGGCUCUCCUUCAAGGACCUCACAACGAACCACCCACCAGCAGCAAUAGUUAAAAGGUAGUCAGGAUCUGCCAGGACCAAACUGGUUCUUUCGAUAAGCAAGCAAUGGAAAAGAAGCAAUAUUUUAUAAGUCAAUUGGAAGAAAGCCAAAUAAUUGUGUACUAGUCAGAGGUUGAGGUGGAUGAAACCUCUUGUCAGAGCAGCCAAGUGAAAAUCUGUUAAGUGAUAUUUAGUUUUGCCAUAAGCAUUUCUUUUUCGUGCAUUUACAUAAUGUCAAGAUCUUUGUAUAAGAUAAAUAUUACCAAAUAAA